CUAGAGUGAUAGGUUAAGAAGUUACAUUUUGUUUUCAUUCCUGUAAAAACACUCAAAGAAUGAAGUCGGUCGUGAUUCUAGCUUUUAUUUUAUUUGCUGGAGUCAACAGUCUCCCAGUCGAUGAUACCAUCCCAAGAUGGCACGCACUUUCAGAUGACAAUGGCCGCAUUAAACUUGUCGAUUUAAAUCCAUUAGAAGUAGAACCUGAGCCAUUCUUUAAUCCACAAACUGACAUAAUCUUCCUUUUGUUCACAAGAAGAAAUCCAACAGUUGGACAAAGAAUCACAUUUGAUUUGGAUUCAGUCCGAAAUUCAAACUGGAAUGUUAACAACGGAGUUCGUUUCAUCAUCCACGGAUGGCAAAGUGAUCAAACGACAGGCUUAAAUACAUUUAUCAGAAAUGAGUUCUUAGCUAAUGCUGACCAUAAUGUUGUCGUUGUUGACUGGAGUGCUGGUGCUCAAACUAUUAAUUAUAUUAGUGCUAGAAAUCGUGUUGGUGUCACUGGUGGAACUGUUGCAUUGUUGAUUGAUGACUUGCAUAGAAGUGGACUUUUGAGGUUUGAAAAUGUUCUUAUUGUUGGCCAUAGUCUUGGUAGUCAUGUUGCUGGUAAUGCUGGUAAACAAGUUACACGUGGAAGAAUUCCUGCUAUUUUUGCAACUGAUCCUGCAGGUCCUCUCUUCAGUGCCACAGACGCAGACAGACUGUCAUCAAAUGACGCAAUCUACACGGAAGCACUGCACACAAAUGCUGGCACUUUAGGAUACGCUGAACCUAUCACUGAUGCUUCAUUCUAUCCCAAUUGGGGUUCCUCACAACCAGGAUGUGGUCUUGAUGUAACAGGAGCUUGUGCUCACGAACGUUCCAAUCUUUUCUAUUCAGAAUCUGUAAGAAGUACAUUCACAGCAAGACAAUGUGCAAAUUAUAUACAAAUUAGAGACAGAAACUGUCCUGGAACUGGUACGACAGGAAGAAUGGGAGGUGAUGCACAAAAGAGCUUAAGUGGUGUUUUCUUCUUGACAACAAAUUCAGCAUCGCCAUUCAGUCAAGGUUGAUAAGAUAAAUGUAAUUAAAGUUUUUCGAGUAGUUUCUCAUAGAUUAGGAAUAAAAAAUAAGUCAAUAAAUAUGAUUAUAAGUUUUGAAACUAUUG